GUCCGUACUCCGCAGCUAUCCGGGCGCUGAACUAGGGAGGUGGAAGUAAAGCUCUGCCUGGUCAAUAGUUCGACUUUUAACUCCCCAAAAGCACCGUCUCAAGAGUAUAACCGAAUCAAAGAGAAAGCGGAUGAUCUAGACGCCAAACCAGGGUCCUCCAUAGAGAAGGUUUGCUGGAAUGGGUAACCUGCUAAAAGUCCUAACAAAGGAAAUUGAGAACUAUCCCCACUUUUUCCUGGACUUUGAAAAUGCCCAGCCUGGUGAAGGUGAGCGUGAGGUAUGGAACCAGGUGAACUCUGUCCUGCAGGACUCUGAGAGCAUCCUGUCUGGCCUGCAAGCGUACAAGGGAGCAGGACAGGAGAUCAGAGAUGCCAUCCAGAACCCAAAUGACCUGCCGCUGCAAGAGCGGGCCUGGAACUCAGUCUGCCCCCUGGUCAUCAGGCUAAAGAAGUUCUACGGCUUCUCACUCCGACUAGAGGAGGCACUUCAGAGUUUGUUGGAGUCCCUCACCUGCCCGCCCUACACUCCCACACAGCACCUGGAGAAAGAGCAGGCACUGGCCAAACAGUUUGCAGAGAUCCUCCACUUCACACUGCGCUUCGAUGAACUCAAGAUGAGGAUUCCUGCCAUCCAGAACGACUUCAGCUACUACAGAAGAACCAUCAGUCGAAACCGGAUAAACAACAUGAAUUUGGACAUUGAGAACGAGGUCAACAACGAGAUGGCAAAUAGGAUGUCCCUUUUCUAUGCCGAGGCCACACCCAUGCUGAAGACCCUCAGCAACGCCACCACAAACUUUGUGACAGAGAAUAAGACCCUACCUCUGGAGAACACGACAGAUUGUCUCAGCACCAUGGCCAGCGUCUGUAAAGUCAUGCUCGAAACACCGGACUAUGCUAGUCGGUUCAGCAGUGAGGACACCCUGUUGUUUUGUAUGAGGGUCAUGGUGGGAGUAAUCAUCCUUUACGACCACGUUCACCCCAACGGAGCCUUCAAUAAGUCCUCCAAGAUAGACAUGAAAGGCUGCAUAAAGGUCCUGAAGGAUCAGCCAGCAGACAAUGUCGAAGGCCUCCUGAAUGCCCUCAAAUUUACCACAAAACACCUGAACGACGAGUCCACCCCGAAGAAUAUCCGGACAAUGCUUCAGUAAUGUUCUCCUCUUUUUACAUUAACAGAUAUGAAGAGGCUCAAUGUUCUGACCUCAGAAAAAAAGAUGUAUAUGUUUACAUUAUUUAAAAAAAAAAGAAUUGAUGUUGACACUCGUGUGUAUUUGCAUAGUCAUUCCCUCCAAGUUACUGAAACCCACAGAUCAAGUACCAUUUACUUAAAAACCCAACAAAUUAUGACUCGACUACACUGGUGAUAGUUUUCGAAGCACAAACUAUGGAUGCCUAUCAGCUUUUCGUAUUAAAACUCUCUCGGUAGCAUUUGGAGACCCAGCCCUCUUUUACUAGGAGUGAGAAUAAAGGUGAUCAGCACAGGAAAAAUUAGCUGAAGUUUUGUAUUCGCUGUUUUGUUUUUAAUUCAUCCGGCAAUUGGGAUAGCUAAUUUUUCUUCAUUCCAUUUGACAGUUUUAUAAGAAUUGUAUCAUGUCUUGAAUCCAACGGGGUUUUAUCUGCCUUGUUUUCUUGCCUGCAGAACAUUUCUUAAACCUGUUGAAUUGUAUUGGGAUGAGGAAAAUCAUCUCCCUGGGUUUUUAUUUUCUCUUCUUCCAUCUGUUUAACGAUAAAUACGGCUUUUUUUUUUAAUAGAAAAUAAGACCAUGAAUCCCUUGACGACAACUUUUUUCUUUUUCUUUUUUUUUCCAAAGCCUAAAACUUGGUGCUUCAAUUAGCAGGUGCAUUUGAUUUGUCACCCUGCACAUUAGGGUCAUGGGCAGUUUUCUCUAGGUCAAGCUGUUUUCUAACAUCCUCUAGGCUGAAAUUGUACCCGACACAUGCACCUGGAGCAAUAUGUCCACCGCUUAAGUAAAAUGUGACCGUGGUAAGAUCCACGCUGCUGACUUGUUUACAGUGCCUU